AUGCAAGGUGGAGUUGCUUUCGGUGUCCACUUCAUUGCUAAAGCGACAGACGGAAACGGAGAAGGAAGUGACUGUUCCGUCAAGUCCACCAACCAAGAUGCUGUUUGUUUAAUUGAGGGAUUGCAAUUCUCAACCGUUUACACGAUUACUGCUGUGGCCUGCAUUGAUGCGAAGUGUACCGUGGAGUCACCAACACAAACAAAUGUGACGCUGGGCGAAGAAACGACCACUGAAGCUGCAUUACCCCCGACCGAUGACAAUAACAAUACUCCUACGGUACUGAGCGGAGGUGCGAUUGCGGGCAUUGUUGCGGGAGUUGCAGCUGGCGUCUUUCUGAUCGUGAUAGCUCUCAUAUUUAUCUGCAAUAAAAUCAAAAGAGACGGAAAGAUGUUCACGGCAUCCUACCUACACACCUUCCUCUUAUCUGAGGAGGAGGAGGAGGAUGAGGAGGAGGACGAGGACGAGGACGAGAAGGAGGACGAAGAGCCAGUUCCCAUUGCUGCAUAG